UGCCCCAACCAAGCGCUACGCUCAAUGCUCGAUCUUUUGCGAAAAACCCACGAGGUUGGCAAUUCACAGAUUUCCUUAAAUUUCAACGUUUUUCAGGAACUUAAUCCUGAAAUUGAUUUAAAUUAAGGAGACCAACUGUUUGUGUUACCGAAAUGCCACAAAACGAGCAUAUCGAGCUUCACCGGAAGCGGUACGGUCGUCGAUUGGAUUAUGAGGAGAGGAAACGUAAACGAGAAGCCCGUUCAGCUCACACCAUCGCCAAGAAGGCGCAAGGCCUUCGUGGAUUAAGGGCCAAGCUGUACAAUAAGCAACGACACAAUGAAAAGAUUCAGAUGAAGAAGACCAUCAAGGCGCACGAAGAAAAGAUGACCAAGACUAAAACGGAGAAAGAAGUCCAAGAUGGGGCCCUUCCUGCUUAUCUUCUUGAUCGUGAGACACAACAGCGGUCAAAAAUCUUAUCAAAUCAGAUUAAACAGAAGAGGAAAGAGAAGGCUGGCAAAUGGGACGUUCCAAUCCCCAAAGUUAGGGCACAGUCAGAAGCUGAAGUUUUCAAAGUGCUAAAAUCUGGAAAAUCUAAACGUAAAGCGUGGAAAAGGAUGGUCACUAAAGUCACCUUUGUUGGGGAAGGAUUCACACGAAAACCUCCAAAGUUUGAGAGAUUCAUUCGACCCAUGGGACUCCGAUUUAAGACGGCGCAUGUAACUCACCCAGAACUCAAGACCACAUUUCAUCUUCCAAUGAUUGGCGUCAAGAAAAAUCCAAGUUCUUCAAUGUACACGAGUCUAGGAGUUAUUACAAAGGGUACCGUUAUUGAGGUUAAUGUUAGUGAAUUGGGUUUAGUUACACAAACGGGGAAAGUUGUAUGGGGAAAAUAUGCUCAGGUUACAAAUCACCCAGAAAAUGAUGGAUGUAUUAACGCAGUUUUAAUUGUUUAAUCUUUUCUUUAUAAUGUUACUUUUUAUUUGUCAGAAAAUAAAGUAAGUUCGUAUGACUCGUA